CAUUGUUUACGUCUGUCGUUGAAAGUAGGUCACAGGAAAGUGUGACAGUUAGCUGGUGGACAGAAUCCGAUCGCUUUUACAGAGACAUACAUUACAGUGUCAUACGAAAACCUUCAGGUAUACGAGUCUCCAGCGAUCGCAACGGUGCCCCUGAAAGACAGGUGCGGAGGCUCCCGGUUGGCAUGUCGAGGCGGAGCAGAAACAGCAGGGCGUGGAGGUACGUAUGGAGUGGAAUCCGACGGGAUGCAGAUGCAAGAGCGCUGGUGCUUGCCUCCGAGAAUGACGAGUGGGGUUAUGAUCGCCAGCAGUACAGUGACUCUGAUUCUGAAGCCGAGUAUCCAGCCAUUGUUCCGGCGGUCCCGAGCGCAGUGCCUGUAACGGGAGAGUCAUACUGCAGCUGUGAUUCACAGAUGGAGCUCAGCUGUAACCCUCGGCUCCGGGGUUACACACACUUGCGAGACUGCCACUGCGGAGAAGAUGACCAAGACUUUGACUGGGUGUGGGAUGAGGGCAGCCGGUCGUCUGCCACGCUGCUGAGCUGUGAGAACAGGAAAGUGAGCUUCCACUCGGAGUACAGCUGUGGAACGGCAGCCAUUCGCGGCUCCAAAGAGCUCUCAGAGGGACAGCACUUCUGGGAGAUUAAAAUGACUUCCCCUGUCUACGGCACAGACAUGAUGGUUGGUAUUGGCACAUCAGAUGUGAAUCUGGACAAAUACAGACACACAUUCUGCAGCCUGCUGGGUAAAGAUGAAGACAGCUGGGGUCUGUCAUAUACAGGUCUGUUACAUCAUAACGGUGAUAAAGUGAGCUUUUCAUCACGUUUCGGACAGGGUUCUAUUAUUGGCAUUCAUUUGGACACUUGGCACGGCACCCUCACCUUUUAUAAAAACCGCAAGUGCAUCGGUGUAGCAGCUACAGAGAUGAAGAAUAAGCGUGUUUUUCCGAUGGCGUGCUCCACCGCGGCCAAAAGCAGCAUGAAGGUGAUUCGCUCGGUCUCGGCUCCCACCUCUCUACAGUACCUGUGUUGCUCACGGCUCCGCAAGCUGCUCCCGUCCGGAGUCGAUGCCCUCCGAGUCCUGCCCCUGCCGCCGGGCCUCAGACACCUUCUCCACUCCAAGCUGGGAUGGGUGCUAAGCCUGGAUCACACGCACAUGCACUCGAACACACACAGCCCGCCCGGACCCUCCUCGGGCAGUGACUCUGAGGGCUGCUCCUCAGACCCCGAGGCCUGCCAGCGGAAGCGCUGCCGCUGGACCUGAUGCUGCGUGCGCGCAUCCAUUAUGCAUCAUUAUGCACACAUCAGAAAAGGUCUCUACAAAAAAAAAAAAAAAAAAAAAAAAAGAACCAACAUAUAUAAAUAUAUAAACACUGGACCCCUGCUGUCAAUCACAGUGGUGGAUAACAGGACUGGCUGAGUAACUUCAAGGUCAGUCAAGCCUGUUUUACUAGUUGCAUCGCUGGUAAAUGUUCAUCCUUCAAGGCUCUAAAGGUAGUUUGCUCCAUCAGGUGACAUUCGGAUAUAUAUUACAGUAUUUGUAGUCAGUUUUGUUGUGAACUCCCAGUGGAAUGAAGACCAUCGGCUCUUCAGACAAAAGCAAGAUCUGAACCUCGUGAACCUGUUCUGAUGUGGGGAACAAUAACAUGCCAUCAUCUGAAGCGCAGACAAACACUCGCACUGUUUGCGUUCGCAAAAUAAACACAAACGAUACACCCCGAGUGAACUGUACAUUUCUCCAUUGUUGAAAAAUGAGAAAAAAAAUGACCUGAUCUAUUCUGAAGUAAUGCAUAUUCACGUCUCACGGGCCAGUCAGACAUCUCAGCACUUUAGAGUGUCACGGUCUGUUCUCUCUUUAUGUUUGAACAAUCAUUGUAUGUUUUUACUCUAUUCCUGUUUUAUCAAACAACUUACCAACACAACAGUGACGUCAUGAUAAAUAUCGUCUGCAUAAAUGUGAUUUCACUACCAUUACGUUGAAAUGGUGAGGAAAAAUGCCUGUGUAUUUUCACAGCUCUCGUCUCUAGAAAUGACUUUGGGCCCUAGUUAUUACUCAAAGUGUGUUGAUGUGUAUCUGAAGAGUUUCUCUGGAAAUACCUUGAUGCAGUUGUCGAACUGACUGAUGCUAACUGAAGUGGAGGUUGAUUCAGUGUUCAAUCUGUGCAACAUCUCUACGUAAGGUUCAUAUUGAAUUCAUAUGGGGUUUAUAUUGCAGAUUUUGUAAUUCAUUGUUUAAAAAAAAAAAAAAAAAAAAAAAAGUCAUUUUUUUUGGUUAUGCAUAAAGCACUUUUUUGCGCUUAUUGUAUGUAUGUAUGUAGAAAUAUAUACAGGUCCCUAUGCUGUGUUCUACACGUAUUGUAUGUCAUAAGCGCUCAUGAGAGCUAAUUCUCUCAUUCACUGUCUUCUCUCUUCCUUCUUUCGCUUUUACUCCAUACAUUAAGCAUGGCCUUUUAUAUGAGUCAAGAAAAAAUAAGGAAAAUUAUAUAUGCAUUAAAAAGGGGCUGAAUAUGGUUUUGUUUGUUGUUCUUUUUGAGAUCUUAAUAAAGGUUCCAAAAAUUCCAAAAA